ACCUCAAAACGCCGUAAUAACGGACGCUCCAAGCACGGACGUGGACAUGUGAAACCCGUCCGCUGCACCAACUGUGGUCGCUGCGUCCCCAAGGACAAGGCCAUCAAGAAGUUCCAAAUCCGUAACAUUGUGGAAGCGGCUGCUGUCAAGGAUAUCAAUGAAGCUUCUGUGUACACUGUAUACCAGCUCCCAAAGUUGUACAUCAAGCAGCACUACUGCGUUUCCUGCGCCAUCCACUCCAAGGUGGUGAGGAACCGCAGUCGCAAGGCCAGGAAGAUCCGUACCCCCCCACCUCGCUUCCCACGAUCCUCUGAGAAGAGGCCUCGUCCCAACAAGUAAAUGAAAUAAAAACCUGGAGUCUUUAA